UAGAAAUAUGGCGGACGACUCGGCAUUAGAAGUCUUAACCCUUUCUGAUGGAGAGAAUAACAUUUUAAAUGAUUUAAUUACUCAACUGAAACGGCCUGCUUCAAGUUCAGUGCAUGCGUUCCACACAAUUUCAAAGGAAAAACUUCAUGACGUUUUAAGACCUGAGAAACCAUCAUUUUCAAAAAUCAAGCAAGAUUUUUACAAUGAAGAAAAAAGUGAACAACAGUUCUUGAAAUCAAAGCCAACAUGUUUUGUAAUCUUUGGAAAACCUGGUUCUGGAAAGACUCAGUUAGCGAAACAAAUUGCUCAACAGUGGAAUUGCGAACUUAUCAAUCCUCAUGAACUAAUUAACCAAGAACUGGAACAACUGACUCCUCUGGGACAAACGUGUUCUGAAAUAAUUAAUAGAGGAGAAUUAAUCCUUGAUGAGAUCACCUUUGAAAUAUUGGAGAAAAAAAUGAAGUCACCUGAGGUUGCUCAUCAUGGUUAUAUUCUUGAUGGUCUUCCAACAAUUAGUCAAGAAUUUAUGACUACCACUGAGCAGAUAGACUGGAUAAAGAAAAGAGAUCUCUCUCCUGAUGUCAUUCUUAAUUUGAAAAUUCCAGAUGAAGAUUUAUUAACCAGGAGGAUAAACCAGAAGUACGACUCACUGACAGGAGUUAUGUACCCUAAAGAAAUUUAUGAUCCUGAUAAAGUAGUCACCAUGGAUGAAGAAGAUGAAGAACAAGGGAAUGAGGAGGAAGUUGGUGAAGAUGCAGAAGAAUUAUCUGCUGAAGACUUAGAACGACUGGUCCAACAGCCGGUAGAUUUGGAAGCUCCUGUAAAAGCUAGUAUAGAAAAAUAUAAGUUAAAUACAUUGCGGAUAAUUGAGGAUUAUAUUAUAAGUCAUGAUCAACAAUAUGUUUUGGAACUGGAUGCUAACCAACCAGCACAGACUUUAAUUCAGCAAUGUUUAGUGAAGUUUGAAUGUUGUGGUUUGAGCUCUGCUGCAGUUGUACAGGCACUAAACAAGGAGGAAGAAGUAGAUGAUAUAGACUCAGAAGCUAUUUUCAAGACAUAUGGAGGAAAAGAAAUUGUGGCUGGACAGUACACUUGGAAAAGAACUCGAUGGUCAAGAUUUUGUCCUGUAUCACUUUAUGAGGGCAACAUUACUAAAGGAAAAACUGAAUAUGCUGUUGGAUGUUAUGAUGAAGAAGCCAAUGAAAAAAUAGAGGAUACAUUGGACGAAAACCCAGAGAUAUUCAUUAGUGAAAUUAUUGACCAACUACUUGAAAGAGUGGAACUGGACAUUACAGAGAAAGCUAUGGGCUUGUUCCCUUCUGAUGAAGAUGAUAAUACUGAAGAGCUUCUUGAACCUGAUAUAGAAAAUAUUACAGAAGCUGAAAUUGAAUUAGAAGAAGAAAUUGAUCACGACGAGUUGACAAAACUACAGCUAGAGCAAGAGUUAGAAGCAGUUGAUGAGAACAAUGAAGAAGUUAAGAGUAUUGUGGAAAAAUUAAUGCUUGAAUAUGCUGAACUUAAUAUUUCAUUCACACCUCGAGAUCAAUACCAGUUAAUGGAAAGAGUUAUUCAAUCUAUAGAGAGUGACAAUAGCAAAGAAUCAAUCACCAAUACUAGAAAUGGUGGAUGGAUUUUGGAUAAUUUCCCAUUAAAUCCUGAACAGUGGCAAUUGUGUUCAGAUUUUAAUUUAGCCCCAGACACUGUCAUUUGUUUGAUUGACACAUCAGAUCAAUGGAGUUGGUUAAUGCAGCAAUGGGCAGAAAAUUUCUCUGCUACUAUCAAACUCAGGGAAGCAGACAAAGAUAACGUAAUCGAAGAAGCUGAAGCUGAAGAAGAAGAAGAAGAGGAAGAAGAAGAGGAGGAAGAAGAAGAGGAGGAAGAAGACCUUAAUGAAGACACUGGACUGGGAAAACCUGAGGGAAAACAACUUGGGGAGGAAAUUGUUGAAGAAGAACAAGAAGUAGAGCAAGUAGAAGAACAACAGGGGCAAGAAGAGGAAGAGAAAGAGGAAAAACUGGAAAAAGACAGUGAGCAAGAAAAAGAAGAGAAAGAAGUGAAAGAAGAAGCAACAGAAGAAGAAGCAGAAAAAGAGGAAGAGGAGGAGAAAAAAGAGGAAGAAAAAGAACAAGAAAUGGUAAAUAAAGAGGAAGAAGAAUUGGAAGUGGAAGAGGGAGAGGUAGAAGAAGAAGUAGUAAAACAUGAAAAAUUGAAAUUGGAAACUCAAUCUGAGUCAGACUUAGUUCAAAAGGGAGCAGAAGAAAUGGAAUUUAUGGAAGAAACAAUACAUACUGAGGGUGAAACACCUACAACUUCAAGUGAUAAUGUGAUGCAUAAAGAGGCAGCUGAAGAAUAUAGAAAAGUACUGCACAACGCAAACGUUAUUCUUUGCGGUUCAGUUGACGGCGUCAAAACUUUCAUUGGUAUAGACCCGACUAUAAUUCCUAUUGAGAAUCAAACUAUUGACGAUAUUUUCAAGAAAGUUGUAGAAGAAGUUGAAAAACCUUUCAAACAUGAAGCCGCUGAGUAUUCUGUUACUGAGAUGGAAGAAGAUGAUGCAAAUUAUGAAGCUGAGGUGGAGGAAGAUGAGAAAGAAGAAGAAGAUGACAAUUAUGAUGAAGAGGAAGAAGAUCCCAGAAUAAGUAAGAAGAGAUUACUAGGUGAUGUAAGUCAUUAUUGUCCAGUGAUGUUGAAAGAAAAAGGAGUUUUAAUCUCAGCGAGACAAGAAGUAGCAGUCAAAUAUGCAAAUAAACUGUAUUACUUGACAUCCAUUGAAAUAUCAGACCAGUUUGUAGUGCAGCCAGAGGAAUUUGUCCCCAGAGACAAACCAUUCCAGCCUCCACCACUUAGGAUAUGCAUACUCGGUGUACAUGGCUCAGGAAAAACUGUUUAUGGCCGUUACAUAGCAAAUAAAUUUGGUAUCUUCCACAUUUCAUUCAAAGAAAAAUUACAAGAAUUGAUUAUUAAAAAGACUGGCAGGAAAAUUGGUCCGUUGUAUGAAGAGGAUACUACUACAGACUACGGGGAGCUGUCAGAUGAAGAAUCAGAUAAUAAAAAUAAAGAUAUUGAAGAGCAACAAGCAGAAACCCUCACAGAACCUGAAGAGUUGACUGAAGAUGAAGAAUGUAUUAGACACUUUCUCGAGGCUAACAACCCUUUACCUAGUGAGUUACAGUUGUCGAUUAUAUCACCUUGGUGGUUUGAAGAACCAUACAGAUCAGUUGGAUUUAUAUUAGAAGGUUAUCCGAGCAUGACAGAUGAUAUCAAUUCAACAGCAAAUAGCGGAUGUUUCCCUGAAGUUGCCAUCAUCUUAAGCAUUGAAAUGGACGAUGUCGUUAACAGAUUGUUGCCAGCCAAAAUAAAUGCUUGGAAAGCUAAAAGGGAUGUGAGAUUUGAAAAAAUAGAGAAGAAAAGGGAACAAUUAAUGCAGGAAAGAAGCGAAAACAUUGAAAAAAGACGUUUGGAAAUAUUAAAUGAAAUGAGUGAAAAACAAAGAGCAACAGAAGAGGAAGGAAAAGAUGAGGAUGCUGAAGAAGAAAUAGACAUUGAAUCAACACUGUUGGAAGAAUUUCCGCUGCCUGAAGAUGACAAAAGGAACGAAUAUGAAACUGAAGAAGAAGCCAAAGCUAGAUUUUCUAAAGAUAUUUCAUUGCUUUAUGAUAUAGAGAUUACAGAAAUAGAAAAAGUUCGGGUCGCUUUGGAUGAUCAUCUAAUUCCUUGCAUUAAUAUCGAAGCCAAUCAGAGACAGCAUAUUGUUAAUUAUAUUUUGAUGAAAUCCUUGAAACGCUAUGUUACAUAUCGACAAAGUCUGUUUGAAAGAGUGUAUCCCGUGAAUGAACAAAUGGCAAAGACACUUCUAAACGCUGGAUAUAAGCUACUAAGUCAUUUGGGAUAUUGGUGUCCUGUUAUGCUCAAAGAAGGUAAUUGCAUACUGCCUUACCAAAGACCGAACCAAAAAAGAGUGGCCUGUAUAUAUCGUCAGUAUAUCUACUUCUUCAGCUCAGUCCAAGCACGGGAGGAAUUUAGUAAGAACCCAUUGUAUUACUUAGAAGGUAUAUCGCCUAAACUUGUAGUUCCAGUCAAACUCAGCAUCAUCGGACCACCAAAGUCUGGGAAAACUUAUUUUUGUAACAAACUUGCUGACCAAUUUGGACUAAUGAAAUUAUCAAUGGGAGACGCUGUAAGGAAUGUGUUGGAUAACCAACCCAAGACAUUUCUUGCUCAACAAAUAUUAAGCUACCUUAUUAAAGGGUCCAUUGUUCCAGAUGAAUUAGCAGUGAAAGCUAUUGAAGUGGCUCUAUUGGAUGUCACUGCUCAAACACGAGGUUAUGUUUUUGACGGCAUACCUGCGACUGACCAUCAAGCCAAAUUACUGGAUGCCAGGAAGAUUAUUCCAGUAAAGGUCAUAGUGUUGAAUACUGCCAUGGAAGAAACUGCGUUCAGAGGAUCUAUUGAACGAGUCGAGAAGGAAACGUCUUAUUCUGAACAUAACAGUGCCCAGAUCCUUGCAGCAAAACAUCAAGUAUACAAGAAUGAAAGCCAAAUCAUACAGGAGUGGUAUCAGAAUAGCUUUGACAACCUUUGUAUAGUCGUUGGGCGACAGUCCAAGUGGGCUCUUUGGAAUGAAAUGAAAGAAAUCAUAUCGGAUUCUGUUGGAAAAGUUCAAUCGUAUUUAGAAAAUAUCAAGGAAGGUAAAGAAAGGUUUUUAUGGCUUGGCUGCCAAUUAAAAUUCCUGUGGAAACAACAUUUGAUGGUUUAUUUUUACUUUUAUCCAGGAAAAUAUUACAAAAUGGAAAAUGAGUCACAACUGGAGAAAUUUUUAAAUGAACCACAAAAAUUCGUUCCCCCUUACGCUCCAAAGGCUUUACCACCUCAAGAACUGAUCCCAAAGAAAUGUUUAAACAAAGAAGAAAUCCCUCAAUUUGAACACCUUGGUUACUGUCCCGUGACAUACUAUGAAGGAAAAUGUCGAUAUGAUGCAAUUACUCCUGGUCAACCAGAUUUAACUGUUGAAUAUCAGAAAAAAUAUUAUUGUUUUGCCUCAGAAAAGAAACUGGAAAAAUUCAUGAGAUUACCACAGGUCUACAGUAAAAUUGAAUUGAGUUAUAAACUUCCCCCAAAACUUGAUCCAUUAAUGGUAAAUCUUCUGCCUAAUCUUGGCUUCAUGGAACAGUCAUUAUCAACACCAAUUCUGAGAGCACUUGUUGCUGUUGGAAACUUCAAACCAAAGUUUCCUUUCCUCAGUCCCACACAGUCUGCUCUUCUCUAUGUAGCUUUUCAUCUUAAAGCUUUUAACAAACAGAAAUCAGGUUAUAUCAGGAAAAAAUAUAAACAAAAAUUGAAGAAUUUUGAAGAAAAUUGUAAUCUGAUUGUGUAUCUCAGUAACAACAUGAGUACGUCUUACCAAAAGACUGACCAAAGAGAAUUUGGCUUCACUGAAAAACUAGAGACUUUUUUUGCUCUAAAAGAUUUUAAACAAAAUUCAAUUUGGAUUGCAUAAAUAAAUUAAGAUUGUUAGAAAAAAUUUUAUAUUUUGAACAAAAGGCGGUUUUGACCACAAAAUAACAAAUAUGUUAUAAUUGACAAAUAAUUAAAUAUUUAUUAGGGAAAAAUACAUAAUAUUAAUAACAUUUACAUCUGUUAAAUUAUUAUAUUUCCAAACAUGGAUAU